UGAGCUGGUUGCAUUUAUUACAGUAGGUUAUCAGUCAGCGAUUGAAUGUCCAAUCAAAUCUAAAUAAACACAAGUGACUUGUUUACUGUGGCAUAAAUGACGACUCUUGGUUAUUCCCUCUGAGCUGCUGAUGGUCAAGGGAAGUUGGCAUUAUGGGAUACAAUGUAGUGCCUUCAGAGCAAUAUCAGCUCACAUUUACUGUAAUUACAUGAACACCCAUUCUAAUGAAGAGAAGUGCACAUGCUAGUAAGACACUACCGGCAGGUUUGUGGAGGACACAAACACCUCAGCCUGCAUGCAUUUGUUUCCAGCAGUAAGAUUUCAGUGGCUGCAGAAUUUCCAUUCCUUACAACCAGGAUAAAACUUCCUAAAUCUGUGUGCCUCAGGGAUGCUGUUAGUGUGCGGAGGUCUAGUGAAUGGACCAUAUGCGCUCAUCACAACUGCAGUGUCUGCUGAUUUGGGCACCCACAAGAGCCUGAAAGGCAACGCCAGAGCACUGUCUACAGUCACAGCCAUCAUUGAUGGCACAGGAUCUGUAGGCGCAGCACUUGGCCCGCUGUUAGCUGGACUUCUGUCUGCAGGCGGCUGGGAUCAGGUCUUCUACAUGCUGAUGACUGCUGACUUUCUUGCUCUGUUGCUUUUGCUACGGCUCGUGACAAAGGAGCUGGCCUCAUCUAAAUCCCAUCCUAUCUCCACUGUAGAGUAAGUCCUCCUGUUAUCUCGAUCAUGAUUAUACUCAGCCUGACUGCUGCUUUUGGUGCUGUACUGUAAUUCUUG